GAUAGAUGGACAGAUGACGAGGGAGGGAAAAAACCUGCACAGUGACACAAGUAGAGUAAAGAGGAGGCGGUUGAUGAGUGAGAGCAGAACUGAGAGAGUUACGGAACAAAGGACAAAUAAAGAGGAAAGGGGAACUGGAAAUAGCCUGAUACCCGCUGCUGGCUGGUUUCUUUCUGCCCGCACCGAUGUCCGAGGCCCGCCCGGUGCCAGCUGAAGACAGUUGACCGACGCAGAGCGCACAGGACCCGGCCACUGGAGUGGAAGACUUCGGGGAGCGGACACCGCUGGAGCUCUUCUUCGUGACUGAGACCCUAUGCAAGAAAAUUGCAUCUCAUUCAUAUUACUUUUAAAGUGGAAGCAGCUGUGUCCUGUGAUAGACCGGUGACCUGAGUUGCUGUUCAGCGAUGGAUUCCCCCAGAGAUCUUUUCGAUGACUCUGCUCCCCAGAUACAUGCGUUCGCUCCCACUCACAGCUCUACAGGCCUCCCUGGAGUUCAUCCUCAGCCCAGUGCAGGUCGCCCUCCUCCUGCCUUUAGACCACCAGGCUUCCCCCUCAUCCACCACCUUCUCCAGCCAGGUGGAGCGCCCAGGAGGAUUGGAGGGCAACUCAACACAAACCUGAGCACACACAGAAACCAGGAAGACAGAAGUUUGGAGGAUGACAGGGGAGAGAGGGAUGGACAGGUGGAGCAAGGGAUGGAAGGAGGAGAAGAGGAAGUGAUUGAGGGAGAGGAUGGCUUGUUGGGGGUUAAGAAGAGGCACAGUGAUGCCGUCCUCGCGGCCGAGUGGAGUCAAGACGUCUUGAAAGUGAAGAGGAUGAAGCUGGAGAGCCGACCAAGAGAUGGAGAGGCAGAGGAGGGAGACAGGAGGCGCGAGGGAGGGAGGGAGGGGAAGAGAAGAGAGAGGGAGGAGCUGAAGGAACAGCUGGAGGAGGCAAGAGAGAGACUGCAGGCCCUGCAGGAGAAAGUAUGGAGGGCUUUUGGGGAAAAGCACAUGGCGGAGGAAAAGAAGAAAAUGAGGCGCCGAAGCAGAGGAGAUGGAGGAGAAGGAGAUGUGGGGAUGGUGGAAGAGGAGGACCUCACAGAAGGGUUGUACAAUGAAGAGGACAUUGAUGGAGGAGAGAUGGAAAAGGAAACCUUCUCCCUUCUUUCUGUUUCCCCUUUUGACAACUUUCACAAACGAAGAGAAGAGAGGCAAAAAGACAGAGAAGGGAGGGCGGAGAGAGGAGGAGUAGGAGGGUUGCACUUGGAGGGCGUGAUGGAGGGAGCGGGGUUGUGGUUGGAUUGUGGGGGGCUCGUCAGAGGAGACUGGCAUGGAGGGAUUGAAGACGAGGGCGAGGAGGGAGGGCAGAAGUUUGCUCAGGCGCUGAAGCUGGAGUUGGGCAGCGCUGUGGCGCGAGUCAUCGACCGGGUUCUCCGCCUUUACACCGAGAUGACGGAUUUCACUCCUUCCUCCCCUCCUGCCGCCAUCUCUUUCCUCCCGUCUGACGUAGGAAACGAUGGAGGGAGGGAGCGGGGCGUGUGGAUGGGACUGCUAACGAGAGGAAGAGGGGAGGGAAAAACAGGAGGUAAGGAGGAAAAGACAGGGGCGCAGGAUGGAGAAAGGGAGAAGCAGCUCCAAAAAGUGAGCAACGGGAGUGCCCGGCCUCCAGGACAGCCUCAUCGCAGUGACCCAUCAGAUCUGACGAUGCCAUUGGCCUCUCAAAGGUCACCUGACAUACGGAAAGCUCACGCACUCAUCGGCCCACCUCUCUCUACUCACCUAAAUCCCUCUCAUCCGAACAUCUCCCUCCAUCACCCUUCUCUAUCUCGCCCUCCCCCUCUUUCUCACCCUCCUCUCUUGCCUCCAGCCUCACAACCCAAGGACCCCUCUGCCUCCUCCUUUCAUCCAUCCUCAUCCUCCUCUUCUUCUUCCUCAUCUUCCUUUCCUGCGCCUCCCCCUCCCCCUCCUCCUCCUCCCCCUCUCCCCCUCCCCCUCCUUCACUACUCCAUGCAGCAGCUCUUCUCGCGCUCUCUCCACCACCCUCAGCUCCCCCACCUCCCCCCGACCCGCAAGGAAUAUUUGAACUCCGAUCCUUUCUUGGAGUUCUCGUCCCACCCCUCGUCUCACCCCUCUUUCCCACCUCUCCCCUUGCUCGGUCACCUGGACCCCUCCCUUGCACGCCACGCACAUGGAGGCCGAGAGAGGGAGAGGGGGAUGAGGGGGGAUGGGGGGAUGAGAGGAGGGAUGGACGGAGGAGAGCUCUACCUGACCGCUGGGGGUGUAUACACCCAGGAGGGCUUGUCUCCCUGCCAUCUGAAGAAAGCCAAGCUCAUGUUCUUCUACGCACGCUAUCCCAGCUCCAAUACACUCAAGACUUACUUCCCUGAUGUCAAGUUUAACCGCUGUGUGACCUCCCAGAUGAUUAAAUGGUUCAGUAACUUCAGAGAGUUCUUCUACAUCCAGAUGGAGCGCUUUGCACGACAGGCUGUCCGCGAGGCUCUCACCCGGGAAGGUGCACCUCGUCUGGGCAGAGAGAGUCAACUGCGAGUGGGCCGUGACACAGAGCUUUACCGCAUACUGAACAUGCACUACAAUAAAAGUAACGUCUACCAGGUCCCAGAGAGGUUUAUCGAGGUAUCAGAGGUGGCUCUGAGGGAGUUUUACUCAGCCAUUUGGACUGGGAGAGACAGCGACCCCUGCUGGAAGAAAGGGAUAUAUAAAAUAAUCUGUAAACUUGACAGUCCUGUACCAGAUGCCUUCAGACUGCCUGGUUGUCCUGUCGGCUGAUGAUCGGAAACUGCUUUCAUCUGGUACAUGAAUACAAAUGCACAAAUGCAUGCAUAAAAACACAACCUUACUGAAAGUGGGGAAUUUUAUUAAAGCAUUCACAAACUGUAUAAUACCACACGGUGAGAACUGAACGUGUGAGAAAAUCCAUUCAAUUCUACAGUUCGGUUCAUUCAUAAUUCAUUCAUUUUGGAAAAAAGAUAUUAUCAUUUAAGAUGAUAAAAAGGAUUUUGCCUGACAUCGUGUGCGAGGAAAUACAUGUACGUGCUUAAAUAGACAGAGCCACGCUGGGUCAAUACACUCAGUGCUGUGAUAAGAGUCUUGUGACUGCACUUAUCAAGCAAGGCAACCAUACCAUUGAAUUAAAAUGGACAUAACAGGAAUUUCAAAACAUUCUUCACCAGUCAGUUGAGCAGGCAUGCAAAUGUGCAUAGCUGCUGCGUGGUGUGUUACCAUGAGAUGGCUACUAUUUUAGAUUGGUCGUCACAUGAAUAUAUAGUAUGCAGCCCCCUGGCAGCCCCUUGUAUAUUAUUGCAAUCCACAAAAAAGCAUCAUUCUAGACAUCAAAUGUAGUACUGACAACUGUUUACCAAGCAUGGGCACUGUACAAAUUCAUGUUUCAAAUACUUUCAGACAAAGAGUCCACAACCUGAGUACAUACCAGGUUUCUCAGAUUAGGUUCCCCAGCUUCCUGAUUACUAGUUUUAGAGAACGUAAUCGUUAGCAAUCUUGCACAAACAGCACCUCACUAUCACACACCCAAACAUUUCAGUGCUGCUGUCCCUCAGGGGUGUUCACAGUUUUACAGUAGAGACUCGUUAAAACAUCAAAUAUGAUUGUUGUUUGCUAGAAAUAAACUGUUAUUGUUG